GGAUUGGAAAUUCCUUUGUUUUGGAAAAUUUUCAUUCUUAAAUAUUUAUGCUUUUGCAGUGUGUGCCUUGAGAAAGUUUCAUGGCUUCAAAAAGGAUCAACAAGGAGUUGAAGGACCUGCAGAGACCUCCUGCCUCGUGCAGCGCUGGUAUUAUUGGAUUUUGUUUUGGCUGCCCAGUGGCUGAUGACAUGUUCCACUGGCAAGAACAAUCGGGUCCAUCAGAUAGCCAUUUUCAGGGUGUCUUUCUUGUAUCCAUUCACUUCCCACCAGAUUAUCCAUUCAAGCCACCCAAAGUUGCCUUCCGUACCAAGGUUUUCCACCCUAACAUCAACAGCAAUGGUAGCAUCUGUCUUGACAUUCUCAGGCAGUGGAGCCCAGCCUUGACAAUAUCCAAGGUUCUUCUUUCAAUUUGCUCACCUACUGAUCCAAACCCAGAUGAUCCUCUUGUGCCUGAGAUUGCCCAUAUGUACAAGACUGACAGAGCCAAAUAUGAGGAUACUGCUCGAUCCUGGACUCAGAAAUAUGCGAUGGGUUAG